AUGGCGAUUGCCGACAGGCCUGACCAAGGCCUCUUCCAUCUGCAGAAUGAGGCCUGGGAGGGGCCCGGAGAGCCAGCCGGUUUCAUCUCCUGUGGCCGCGAGGAGGGAAAUAGUGAGGUGUUCAUGGUGGAUGUGUCCAGUUGGCAGCCACCAAGGGCCAGGGCCUUCCAGCACGCACCCUGCAGGCUCUCGGGAACGAGCAAGGUCCUUUUGGUGCCUUGGGCCUGGCGCUCUGAGGGCCAUGCUUGGAAGGUGCCCCUGCUCCCACCACAGCUGCUGGCUUCUUUCUCGCAGCUCCAGCUCCAGAAGUCCCAGUACCUGCAGCUGGGCCCGAGCCGUGGCCAGUACUAUGGCGGGUCCUUGCCCAAUGUGAACCAGAUCGGGAGCGGCACCAUGGAUCUGCCCUUCCAGACACCCUUCCAGCCCUCUGGCCUAGACACCAGCCGGACCACCCGGCACCAUGGGCUGGUGGACAGAGUAUACCGGGAGCGCGGCCGUCUUGGCUCGCCGCACCGCCGGCCCUUGUCAGUGGACAAACAUGGACGGCAGGCCGACAGCUGCCCGUACAGCACCGUGUACCUCUCGCCGCCCACGGACACCAGCUGGAGAAGGACCAAUUCUGACUCCGCCUUGCACCAGAGCACAAUGACGCCCACCCAGCCAGAAUCCUUUACGGGUGGGUCCCAGGACGUGCACCAGAAAAGAGUGUUGCUAUUAACAGUCCCGGGAAUGGAGGAGACCACGUCGGAGGCAGACAAGAACCUUCCCAAGCAAGCAUGGGAUACCAAGAAGACGGGAUCCAGACCCAAGUCCUGUGAGGUUCCUGGAAUCAACAUCUUUCCAUCCGCCGACCAGGAAAACACUACAGCCCUGAUCCCCGCCACCCACAACACGGGGGGCUCCCUGCCCGACCUGACCAACAUCCACUUCCCCUCCCCACUGCCGACCCCACUGGACCCUGAGGAGCCCACCUUCCCCGCGCUGAGCAGCUCCAGCAGCACCGGCAACCUCGCAGCCAACCUGACACACCUGGGCAUCGGCGGCGCUGGCCAGGGGAUGAGCACGCCAGGCAACUCCCCGCAGCACCGCCCCACCAGCGUCAGUUCCCUGUCCCUGAGCACAGAGGCGAGGCAGCAGCAGGCCCAGCAGGUGUCACCCACUCUCUCCCCGCUGUCACCCAUCACUCAGGCUGUGGCCAUGGACGCCCUGUCUCUGGAGCAGCAACUGCCCUACGCAUUCUUCACCCAGACGGGCUCCCAACAGCCUCCACCACCACAGCCCCAGCCCCCACCGCCUCCUCCACCGGCGUCCCAGCAGCAGCCGUCCCCACCUUCUCCACAGUCCCCCUCAGAGAACCCAGGCCAGCCGUCGAUGGGGAUCGACAUUGCCUCGGCACCGGCUCUGCAGCAGUACCGCACUAGUGCUGGCUCCCCAGCCAACCAGUCUCCCACCUCGCCUGUCUCCAAUCAAGGAUUCUCCCCAGGGAGCUCCCCGCAACACUCCUCCACCCUGAGCAGCGUGUUUGGGGACUCGUACUUUGAGCAGCAGAUGGCGGCCAGACAGGCCAAUGCUCUGUCCCACCAGCUGGAGCAGUUCAACAUGAUGGAGAACGCCAUCAGCUCCAGCAGCCUGUACAGCCCAGGCUCCACACUCAAUUACUCACAGGCGGCCAUGAUGGGCCUCACGGGCAGCCACGGGAGCCUGCCGGACACCCAGCCACUUGGCUACCCCAGCCACAGCAGCAUCCCCAACAUCAUUCUCACAGUGACAGGAGAGUCCCCCCCCAGCCUCUCUAAAGAACUGACCAGCUCACUGGCUGGGGUCGGUGACGUCAGCUUCGACUCCGACAAUCAGUUCCCCCUGGACGAACUGAAGAUCGACCCCCUGACCCUAGACGGACUGCACAUGCUCAACGACCCUGACAUGGUCCUGGCCGACCCGGCCACCGAGGACACCUUCCGGAUGGACCGUCUGUGAGUGGGCACGCCUGGCACCCUGCCGCUGCCUAGCGGUUCCAAUGGUGUCUCCCCAAGCCUGGGGAUGGCUGCGCUCCGUCCCUUGCC